AUGCGGAGCACCUACUAUGAUCGCGAAAUGACCUUCGACGUGCCCUCCCAGUUCUUGCUUAAGGUCCAGAACUAUACCUAUUAUCCUAUCAUGAUGCUGGCGCGCUUUAAUCUCACUCGCCUCAGCUGGGAGUACUUGUUGAAGGGCCAGGCCCCCAAAAAGGGCCCGACAUGGUGGCACGUUUAUCUUGAGUUUGUUGGCCAGGUAGUCUUCUGGUAUUGGUACGGUUACCUCGUGCUCUAUAAGACUCUUCCCGACUGGAGUAGCCGCGUGCUCUUCCUCUUGGUGUCCCACAUUAUCCCGUCCCCCUUGCAUGUUCAAAUCACACUGUCACAUUUCGCCAUGUCGACUGCCAAUCUCAGUGUACACGAAUCCUUCCCUCAGAAGAUGCUGCGCACCACUAUGGACGUUGAUUGUGCCCCAUGGUUGGACUUCUUCCAUGGCGGCCUGCAGUUCCAAGCUAUUCAUCACCUUUACCCUCGCAUGCCACGUCACAAUCUCUGCCAGGCCCAAAAGUAUAUUUUAAAAUUCUGCCGCGAGACCGAGAUUCCAUACCCUAUCUUCACCUUCUACGACGGAAAUAAGGAAGUUAUUAGCCGACUCGGCGAUGUUGCUAAGCAGCUUCGCAUUAUGGAAGAGUGUCGGAAGUCAAUUGCAGAAGAGGGUGUCUUUUCACAUCAUCACUAA